AAUAUAUAAAAGCUCGAGAAGAUGCACAUUACUAAGUCAGUUGGCAAUUGUACCAACAUGAAGGUGUUUUUCUGUUUUGUGAUUGUUGCUGCAGUUGCCAGCCUUAACGAAGCCGGCUACAUCAGUAGUGGCGGAGGCGGCUGGAAAUCUGGCGGCGGAGGCGGCGGCUGGUCCGGAGGCGGCGGCGGUUGGUCCGGAGGUGGUGGUGGCUGGUCCGGAGGCGGCGGCGGAGGUGGUUGGAAAUCAGGCGGAGGUGGUUGGAAUUCGGGCGGAGGCGGUUGGAAAUCGGGCGGCGGAGGCGGCUACGGAGGCGGCGGUACCGUGAAAAUCAUCAAAGUCCUCGUUCCCAGUGGCGGCGGCGGUUACGGAGGAGGCGGUGGAUGGAAAUCCGGAGGCGGCGGAGGCGGUUGGUCUUCUGGAGGAGGUAGCGGGUGGUCUUCGGGCGGCGGCGGAGGCGGCUGGAAGAGCGGAGGUGGCGGCGGAGGUUGGUGGUAAAUUAUUACCGUCAGAAAAUAGAUUUCUUUUUCAAAUUGUUUCCACUUGAAAACUGAUUUUUGUCCGACUAAAUUCCACAUCAAAAAAACUUUUGUACAUAU